AUGUCUUAUUCAUUUAAUUACUCAACGCCAAAAUUCUUUAAUGAAGCAUCAAUUCAAAUAAAUGACACUAUUCCUACACCAGAUAACCUUCCUCAGUGUUUAGAUUUCCACAAUAAUCUUAAUCAUUAUUCAAACUUCUCUGAUUCUUUAUUAAAUAAUUUGAAAAUCGACUCAUAUACAACGAAUCGAGUCUAUUAUAACGAUAGUGGUUAUGAAAGUAUUGACUGUUUGAAUAGAACUAACCAGUAUGAACAAAAAAUUUCAAAAUUAAAAUUCUCAAUUGAUUCUAUCUUAUCACAUUCACCAUCAGUGUCAUCAUCUUCAUCCUCUUCAGCGGUAUUGUUAUCAUCACCAUCACUACUAUCAGCAAAUAAUUCUAAUAUAAGUAGUAUGUUUUAUCAAAAUAAUGAAAAUUCUACACCAUUAAUUAAGACAAAUAGGACAAUGGAAUGUAAAAAUCAAUAUUUUGAAGAACAUUAUCGAUUAAGAAUAGGUGAAAAUCAAUAUUUUGUUGAUAAUGAACAAUUAUAUCCAAUGGAUUUAUCUAUUUUUAAUUGUAAAUCAUCAAUAAUCAUGAAACAAUCAAUAAAAAAUGGGAUAAAAACAACUGGAGAACAUUAUGAUUGUCGAUAUUGUGGAAAAUCGUAUUCAGUAAAGUCAUCCAUAAGAUUACAUGAAGCAACGCAUACAUUACCAUUUCAUUGUCAAGAUUGUGGUAAACGUUUUUCACGUCCAUGGCUUCGCGAUAUACAUCAUAGAACGCAUACAGGUGAAAAACCAUAUGAAUGUACCAUAUGUGGCCGACGUUUUGCUGAUCGUUCAAAUAUGCGAGCACAUCAACGUGUUCAUAAAGAACGAGAGUAACAGUUGGUAAUUUGGUUAAUAGAGUCUCGACACACUCUUAUAAUCAAGUUUCGAACUAGUGGCAGACUAGCAGAUUGGCACACAAUGGAAUGUUUGGUUUCUAAACGCAUCUAAAACUUCAAGUUGACGGUUGGUGGUAUUUCAAUUUUAUUAGGAUCUUUUAGAUUAAGCCCUAAUUUUGAUUACUUUAAGGAAACUGAUAGUUGUAUGAAUCAAUGGUAGUUAAGGUGAAAACAAAAUGGUUACUGGAUAUGUUCAUACUCUGUGACGACAAACUUAAUCUUUUUGUCGGUAAACUAAUGAUUCAAUCUUUUCGAGAUUAAUAGUUUAAACUAAGCUGAUAAACAAGCUUUCAUCACACUUUCAAUACCUGUUGUUGUAU